CAGAGUUGAGUGUCCUGAGAGGUCAGAUUGCUGUCAGACAUGGCCCAUAGACAUGGACAUGAGCAUGGACAUCGUAAAAUGGAACUUCCAGAUUACAGACAAUGGAAGAUAGAAGGGACACCAUUACAAACUAUCCAGAAGAAGCUGGCUGCAAAAGGGCUAAGGGAUCCAUGGGGCCGCAAUGAAGCUUGGAGAUACAUGGGUGGCUUUGCAAAGAGGGUUUCCUUUUUUGAUGUAUUGUUUAAAGGAUUCUGGGGAUUUGCUGCAUUUGUGGUAGCUGUAGGAGCUGAAUAUUACCUGGAGUCCCUGAAUAAAGAUAAGAAGCAUCACUGAAGAUAAUACCUGGAAAUACCAUAGUGGUUUCUUAACUCUCCAAAAUAAGAUUUCUUCACUGUAGCCUACUCGUCUGGUUUGUCCCUUACAGAAUAUUAGUAAGAUUUAAUAAAGUAAAAUAAAAUAU